AUGGCCAUUACACAAACCCGCCCGGCCGAGGUUCCUCGCACCAAGCUGCCAUAUUAUGACCUGGCUACUCACAGCGAAGAAGCCGACGCCAAGCCGGUUGCCCAACAACACUACACUUCCGCUCUUAAGGCUACGCCUAUUAUCAGAUCUACGCCCUCUAUUCUGAAAGCAUUCACAGCAUUUGUUGCCGGCAUCACUGACCUAGAAGAGGUCGCCUUCACUGCCAACUACGCCGAUAUCGACAGCGCUCCUCCCCAGCGCCUGCUUGCCACAGCCUCCAUCCCUGGAAGCUCCAAGCCGCGCAUCUUUACAUCAGACCACAUCGAGUUUGCUACAUUCAACGCGGAAGAUUUCAAUGAGAAUGACCUGGAUUUCGAGAUUGAAAUCACCUCUGCUGCCGCACCGGCGGCCGAGUCGACCUCUCGUGCUUUCCGCUUGAUAGUCCAGCCCCUCGAAGACGGAAGUGCUGCAGACUUGACACUCUCAAUAGACGCCAAGCACGGCCACCCUGUGCUGGCCACACACCUGCUGGAGCUCGUCGCCAAGUACCUGGCCCCUUCAUCGACGCAGGCUCCUGAGACGAAGCUGUCUAACUUGAACUACCCUCCCAAGCUAUGGAAGGCCCCCGUACUCAAGACAGACUUGCACCUUGAGCAAAACUACCCCGCCUUGAUGCACGGUGCGUUCGAAAGACGUGUCCUCGAAUUCCCGGAUCGCAUCGCCGUCGAAGCCGUUGCCGAUGAUUCCUUCACAGUCCGAAAAUGGACAUAUCUCCAGCUGAACGCUGAUGCGGAAGGGCUGGCGGAAGAGCUGCUUCUCAUGGAGCGCACCAUCAGCUGGACGCCUGCCUACAAAUGCCAACGCGCUAUUCCUCUAUUCCUGCCGGCCGGCCCCGAGUUUUACAUCACCGUCACCGCCAUGCUCAAGACUGGUCUCGCAGUCUGCUCACUGCCGAUGGAUGCGCCCCCGCAGCGUCUUCUGGACAUUGUAGAAGACACUAGAUCGUCCGUGGUUAUCGGUGUCGGAAGCAGGCCAUUCCCUGGCGUUAACCUGGAGGAUGGCUCUGAAGCUGCCGAAGCCCUCAAGAAACUGACAUGGGUUGAUAUCAACGACUUUACCAAAUGGCGCUCCAACUUCGCUGUCGACCUGCAGACUCCUCUGUCCCAGCACCCACCUACUGAAGAAGACCUGGCAUACAUUCUAUACACUAGUGGUUCGACUGGUAAGCCCAAGGGAGUACUCAUCUCUCAUUCUAUGGCCACUUGUGGUGUACACGGCCACGCCGAAGCUUUUGAGCCCCUACCCGCUGGCCCCGAGCUGCGCUGGCUGCAGUUUGCUAUGCCGACCUUCGAUCUCUCCUUGAUGGAGCUCUUCGUGACGCUCGGGUACGGCGGAACAGUUUGCUCGGCCGAGCGCUCCCUCAUGCUCUCCGACAUUGAAAAAGCCGUCAACUUCUUCAAGGCCACAGCGCUCUUUACCGUUGCAAGCAUGGCCACUCUGCUAAGACCCAAGGCGCUGCCAACCCUUACUACGAUCGUUUCCGGUGGCGAGGCUCUCACGAAAUACGCCAUUGAUAACUUUGCUUACGACGCGCCUCGCGAACCCAACACCGAGCCUAAGAGAGUUAUCAAUAUCUACGGACCUACCGAGGCCACAAUGUGCGCUACAUAUGAGAACGCUGCUCUCGGUACCCGUGGAUCUAUCGCCGGUACUCUUUUCUCUUGCGCGUCUGUCGUUCUGGUUGAUGCAAACUCGUCCGAUGACCUUAUUCAGGUCCCUAUGGGCCUCACCGGUGAGAUCGUCUUUGGCGGUCCCAUGGUCGGCUACGGCUACAUGAACCGCCCCGAAGAGACUGCCAAGGCCUUCACCUCUGGUCUAAGCUUGGGUCCUGUUUACCGCACUGGUGACAAGGGCCGCAUUGUCUUCAGCCCGGAAGGCGAGCCCAAGCUGGAAAUUCUCGGUCGCCUGAACAUGGAGCAGGUCAAGCUCAACACUCGCCGCGUCGAACUCGGAGAGAUCGAAUCGACUAUUGCAAGGGUCGAGGCUGUCCGUGAAGUUGCCACUGUCGUGCUAAAUGGUAGCUUCCUGGCUGCCUAUGUCGCUGUACGCGAAAAUUUUGACGAUGUCACAAACGCGGCCCUGAUUUCACAGUGCCGAGAGGUUGCAGAUGAGGGUCUACCUGGAUGGAUGCGACCCGUUGAAUACAUCGUCGUACCCAAGGUGCCACGCACGUCGAGUGGUAAGGUCGACCGCAAGACACUUCAGAAGGUGGCCAUCGAAGACUUUGGUAGCUCCAUUACCCAGAAGCAAGCCAUCAACAGCAACUUGACAUACGAGGGCAUCGUCGAUCUCAAGGACAAAGAAAGUGUCUCAGCCAUGCUCAAGCACAUUCUCAUCGCUAUUCUCGGCGAAGGUGCUACCGAGGUCGCCGAGUCCCCUCUCGCUCUCACAACCUAUGGUCUUGACAGCCUGCGCUCGAUGAAGCUUCUCCAAGAGCUCCGACGCCAGGGUGUGGAGGGACUAGCGAUCAAGGACGUCCUCGUCGGCCAGAAUUUCGCCGAAGUUGUGAAGUCGAUCCUUGAGGUGCAUCUGGCUCAGCUUAAGGCGGCCGAGGAGGCGGCUGCUGCUAACAACGAUGAACUUGUGGAGAUUGAGGAUGAGGAGGAGAUUCUGUUCCUGCCUCUUGGCGCCAAGCUCAAGCACUUUGAGCAUAAAUGCAGAGCCAAGUGCGUUGAGGCCCUCAACAUCCCCAGCGAGGAUAUUGUCGAGGUCCUACCUGCCACCGGUCUCCAGACCCGCGUCCUCUCCAGCAUCGAGGAGUCGGCGGAUAUCCUCAAGGUCAGCAAGCCAUGGGUUGAACACUACCCUUACCUAGUUCCCGACCACAUCGACGCCGACCGCCUGGAGGCUGCCGUUAUCACGGCUCUUGAAGGACGCGACGCAUUCCGAACCGUCUGGGUACAAGUUGAGCAUCCUCUCGCUCCCUACGCCCAGUGUGUUCUGUCCCCCAGCUCGCCGCACGCCAAGCUUCCCAUUCUCCGCAUGGAGGUGCCAGUCUACGACGAGCGGCCCAACAGCCUGUGGCAUCGGACUGUUGAUAAUGUCCAAAAGUCUGCCGAAGAGAUCUUCGGCCUCCACAGCCUCGGCUGCGUGACGUCGUUUGUCCGCUCAGCAGACAAGAAGCACUGCGUCGUGGUCUUCUCCGUGUUCCACGCCAUCUACGACGGCAUGAGUCUCCAGGCUCUCCGCCGCGACAUCGCUGAGGCCUAUCACGGCCUGCCCAUUUCCAGCGCAGGAAAGCCAGGCGUGCGCGUGCCCGUCGAGGAGCAUCUCAAGUCUGACUGGCUGGGCACGAGCAUGUUUUGGGCUCAGCGCAUGGCCGGGGUCGCUUCCUUCAAGGCCGGUGACAGGGUAUUCAAGACCGAGGGAGCCGAGUUCACCACCGUCAACACGAAUGUCGGUAUCGCUAGCGAAAGCCUCGAAUGCACCUUUAGCACCGGCGAGCUCUUCGCCAAGGCCAAGUCCGAGGGCCUGUUCACUCCCAUGGCCGUGAUCCAAGCCGCCUGGUCCAUGACGCUGGCCCAGACCCUUGUCGGAGACGAAGCCGCCCCCAAGUACGACGUGCAGUUUGGCAGCGUCUUCCACGGCCGCCACACGGCCGACUCCCUGGACGCCUUUGCCCUGAUGCUCGACGGUCUGCCUACGCGCAUCUCCUUCGAGGACGGCAAGAAGCUGACGCACCGCGAUAUCUGCUCGCAAAUGUUCAAGCAAUACACCGACACCCUCGGCUUCACCGAGAUGCCCUGCCCCAGCAUCCAGUUUGCCCGCAGCACGCGCCGCUUUGACAGCUCUGUCAUCCUGCAGACGUUCCCCGCGCCCGACAUCGCCGUGGACAUGGACGGCUUCCCCGCAUUCAAUCGCGCCAACGAUAGGGUCACGCCAUGGAAGGAGACUUCCUCUGAUACGCCCAUUCUGAUUGAGAUGUGGCCGGGUGUGAACAGGACUGAAGAUAAGCUCAGCAUCCGGUGUUCGUACAGCCAGGUGUGGCCGGGCUAUGAGUUCAUGACGCCAGAGUGGGUGCAGGGUCUGCUCGUCACCUUCAACAAGGCCUUGACCCAGGUCAUCACCAACCCCGACGGCGUUUUCGAUGUUGUUCAGGGCACCGUCGGCCACCCAGACGCCAUGGAUUGCUCUGAAUAG